UUGAUCACAGAAUUGUGUGAUUAUUGCAGCUUGUAGCCAGUUGCCCGCCGUAGUUUAGGUGGGGGAUAACAUUUGCGUAGAGUUGGAGUUGACAGGGACGUGGCAUGCCCACUUUGAAGCGCGUGCCGCCUCUGCAUAUGGGUUCUUGAAUGGUCUACCCUUAUCUCACACGUGGACCUCUGCAUGUCAGGUGUCAUUCUGGAGCUCCUAGGGACACGUGUAAUGGCAGCAUUGCAGCCACUAUUUCCUCCUCCUGCUAUCAUAUUCUGUAUAUAAAGGUUUAGCUUCCUACUCAACCCACACCCACCCAAGUCCACAAGUAAAGGUUUGCGAACAUGGAAGCCUCUCUGUAUCAAAUGAAAGUACACAACUUGCCUCUAUCAUUACAUAAAUACAAACCCACACUCUCCUUUGUUCCAUUUCAUCAGAAUCUAGAAGUCCCCUCGGCCUUUGAAGGGAAAAGGUUGCGGUCAUUCCGGCUGCAACUGGGUUCAGCAAUCCGGUGUGCGAAUCAGGGUUCAGUGAUAGAAUCCCAGAAGGAGUUGGAGAGUGAGAUGGGUUCAGAGUGGAAGGAAAUGGGGAGGUGGAGAGACAAGUGCCAAGAGAAAGGAAUGGUGGAGCUUCUGGAGUGUCUGGAGAGAGAAGCCAUCAUGGGAGAGGAUGAAGGUAGAGAGCCUACUGAUUAUAAUCGAAGGGCUAAAAUCUUCAGUGAGAGUGCCAGAGUUUUCCGGGCUCUCAAGGAAGGCGACACCCCAUCUUAACCUUUCUUGAUCUUGUGAGCUAAGGCAGAGUUCACUGAAUAUGAUGCAUUCAGUUUAUCAUAUGAUGGG